AGUUGUGGGCACGUCACUUCCUUCGUGGGAAGGUUUCGUGAAAGGAUGUGUAUUUGUUGGCGGUCUGCGACUUUUACUGAGACUCAUUAAGGGUCGAGCAGGAAUAAGUGUUGUUCAGCGAGCCCAGCAAGUUCCGCUGCUGUGGUUUUGAACCCAGCGUAGCGCACAAUCUUUUGUUCCAAACUGCAUUGCAGUGUGGAGCUCACGUGUUAGGCCUCAGGACGAAUCUACGAUUGUAACCCCAGCAGAGAGACACAGCUGGACCAUCCUGCAUGUAAUAUGCCGGGGAAAGUUGCAACAGAGGAAACGGCGAGGCUUUUCUUGGAAGAUGGCUCUUCUUUCAAAGGCAGGCUGUUUGGUGCGAGUACCAGCGUCUUUGGAGAAGUCGUUUUCCAGACUGGAAUGGUUGGUUACCCAGAGGCCUUGACUGAUCCGUCAUAUUAUUGCCAAAUACUUGUCCUUACCUAUCCAUUAAUCGGCAACUAUGGCGUACCAAAGGAUGAAGAGGAUGAACAUGGACUCAGCAAGUGGUUUGAAUCUUCCAAAAUUCACGCUGCAGCAUUAGUGAUUGGUGAAAAUUCACAGCAUCCAAGUCACUGGAGCUCAAUUCGCUCAUUAGACCAGUGGUUGAAAGAACAAGGAAUUCCGGCAUUAGAGGGUGUGGAUACCAGAAGCCUAACAAAGAAGAUUCGAGAAAAAGGCACAUUGCUGGGAAAGCUGGUCAUAGAUGGGACAGACGUGAACAAUCUUCCUUAUGAAGACCCAAAUAACAGACAUUUGGUGAAGGAAAUUUCCAUUAAGGAGCCCAAAGUAUACAAUCCUUCUGGAGAUGUGAAAAUUAUGGCAGUGGACUGUGGGAUGAAGUACAACCAAAUCAGAAGCCUUUGUAAGAGAGGUGCUUCUGUCAUUGUAGUACCAUGGGAUUAUCCUAUUAGUAACGAAGAGCUUGAUGGGUUAUUUCUAAGUAAUGGACCGGGAGAUCCUGAGUUUUGUCAACUAACAAUUAGCAAUCUCAGAAAAGUUGUUUGUGAAGAGAAGCCAAAACCAUUAUUUGGAAUUUGUUUGGGUCAUCAGAUUCUUUCACUAGCAGCUGGAGCCAAGACAUAUAAAAUGAAGUAUGGAAACCGUGGGCAUAACCAGCCUUGUGUUCACGAAGAUACACAGCGUUGCUUUAUCACUUCGCAGAAUCAUGGCUUUGCUGUUGAACCGAGUUCUCUUCCAAAGGAUUGGUCUGUUUUGUUCACCAAUGCUAAUGAUGACUCUAAUGAAGGAAUAGUUCACAAUACUAAACCAUUAUUCAGUGUCCAGUUCCACCCAGAGCAUAUGGCAGGACCAACAGAUCUUGAGAAUCUUUUCGAUAUCUUUCUGGAUUGCGUACGGGAUGUGAAGCAAGGAGUUAAUUCGGAAAAAACUGUUAAGGAACGGAUGAUUUCUUAUUAUUCCUACAAAAAUGGAACUGACCAGUGUAAAAUCCCGUCCGGAAGAAUACAGCCUCGCAAAGUCCUCAUUCUUGGAUCGGGUGGAUUGUCUAUUGGUCAAGCUGGGGAGUUCGAUUAUUCUGGUUCUCAGGCUAUUAAAGCUCUGAAAGAGGAGAAUGUUCAGUCAGUGCUUAUUAAUCCAAAUAUUGCAACAGUACAGACAUCUAAAGGACUUGCAGACAAAGUCUACUUUCUGCCUAUUACUCCGGAAUAUGUGGCACAGGUUAUUAUGAAUGAACGACCAGAUGGAAUCCUCCUGACAUUUGGUGGACAGACUGCAUUAAAUUGUGGAGUGGAGCUUCAGAAAAGAGGAGUGUUAGAAAAAUACAAUGUCAGAGUUUUGGGCACUCCAGUUUCUUCUAUUGAGAUGACAGAAGAUCGCAAAAUAUUUGUGGAGAAAAUGGCACAAAUUAAUGAAUAUGUUGUACCCAGUGAAGCUGCAUUCUCUUUAGAUCAGGCUAUAAGUGCAGCAGAACGCCUGGGUUAUCCAGUUCUGGUACGGGCUGCCUUUGCUUUGGGUGGCCUGGGCUCAGGAUUUGCUCAGAACAAAGAGGAGUUGGUGACCUUAGUGACGCAAGCAUUUGCACAUACAUCUCAAAUUCUGAUCGAUAAGUCUUUGAAAGGCUGGAAGGAAAUAGAAUAUGAAGUUGUCAGAGAUGCCUAUGAUAAUUGUAUCACAGUUUGCAAUAUGGAAAAUGUUGAUCCAUUAGGAAUCCACACAGGGGAAUCAAUAGUUGUUGCACCAAGCCAAACUCUAAAUGAUAAAGAAUAUAAUAUGCUAAGAACUACGGCAAUCAAAGUGAUACGGCACUUGGGUGUUGUGGGAGAAUGUAAUAUUCAGUAUGCCCUGAACCCUGAAUCUGAACAGUAUUUUAUCAUUGAAGUGAAUGCUCGUCUCUCCAGAAGUUCAGCUUUGGCCAGUAAAGCAACCGGUUAUCCAUUGGCUUAUGUUGCAGCCAAACUAGCCUUGGGUAUCUCCUUGCCUGUCCUAAGAAAUUCUGUAACAAAUUCAACAACUGCAAACUUUGAGCCCAGUCUGGAUUACUGUGUUGUGAAGAUACCCCGUUGGGACCUGAGCAAGUUCUUGCGUGUAAGCACCAAAAUUGGAAGUUCUAUGAAGAGUGUUGGAGAAGUCAUGGCUAUUGGUCGUAAUUUUGAAGAAGCGUUUCAGAAAGCGCUGAGAAUGGUAGAUGAAAAUUGCAUUGGAUUUGAUCAUACCUUGAAGCUGGCUACUGAUGAGGAACUUAAAACUCCGACGGAUAAGAGAAUCUUUGUCCUUGCUGCGGCCUUGAGGGCAGGCUAUGAAAUCGAACGUCUGUAUGAGUUGACCAGAAUUGACAAGUGGUUUCUUCACAAAAUGAAAAACAUUGUUGAAUAUUCAAUGAAGCUUGAGAUGUACACAAAGGAUGAAAUGCCUUGUCAUGAUCUCCUGCAAGCUAAGCGUCUUGGUUUCUCUGAUAAACAGAUUGCAAUGGCGAUACAGAGUACUGAACUUGCAGUGAGGCGAUUGAGACAGGAGUGGAACAUCCUUCCUGUGGUGAAACAGAUUGAUACAGUAGCAGCUGAAUGGCCAGCUCAAACCAACUAUCUUUAUUUGACGUAUAAUGGUGAAGGACACGAUCUUGACUUUACCACGCCUCAUGUGAUGGUGAUUGGUUCCGGUGUUUACAGAAUAGGGAGCAGCGUGGAGUUUGAUUGGUGUGCUGUUGGAUGUAUCCAACAAUUACGCAAGAUGGGCUACAAAACCAUAAUGGUGAAUUAUAAUCCUGAAACUGUCAGUACAGAUUAUGAUAUGUGUGACAGGCUUUACUUCGAUGAAAUAUCAUUUGAGGUUGUGAUGGAUAUUUAUGAACUUGAAAACCCAGAGGGUAUAAUCUUGUCUAUGGGGGGACAGUUGCCAAACAACAUUGCCAUGGAUCUACAUCGUCAGCAGUGUCGAAUCCUGGGCACAUCACCAGAAUCCAUUGACACAGCUGAAAAUCGCUUCAAGUUCUCCCGAAUGUUGGAUACAAUAGGCAUUAGCCAGCCACUGUGGAAGGAACUGUCUGACACAGAAUCCUCCAAACAGUUUUGUGCGAAAGUUGGUUAUCCAUGCCUCAUUCGCCCAUCGUAUGUGCUGAGUGGGGUUGCUAUGAAUGUGGCUUAUUCGGACAGUGACUUGGAGAAGUUCCUUAGCAGUGCUGUGGCAGUUUCAAAGGAGCACCCAGUAGUCAUAUCCAAAUUCAUUCAAGAGGCAAAGGAGAUUGACGUGGAUGCAGUUGCCUGUGACGGAGUUGUGAUAGCAGUAGCUAUAUCAGAGCAUGUAGAAAACGCAGGGGUUCACUCUGGAGAUGCUACAUUGGUAACUCCACCUCAAGACUUAAAUCAGAAAACAACAGAAAGGAUCAAAGCUAUAGUACAUGCAAUUGGACAAGAAUUACAAGCCACUGGACCAUUCAACCUUCAACUCAUUGCAAAGGAUGACCAACUCAAAGUGAUAGAAUGCAAUGUGAGAGUUUCACGUUCUUUUCCAUUUGUAUCGAAAACACUUGGUGUUGACAUGAUAGCCCUAGCUACGCAAGUAAUUAUGGGUGAAGAAGUUGAGCCCGUGGGGUUAAUGACUGGUACAGGAGUUGUAGGUGUAAAGGUGCCUCAGUUUUCAUUUUCUCGCCUAGCUGGGGCAGAUGUGGUCCUGGGUGUAGAGAUGACAAGUACUGGAGAGGUGGCCUGCUUUGGAGAAAACCGUUAUGAGGCCUACCUCAAGGCCAUGUUGAGCACUGGCUUUAAAAUACCUAAAAAGAACAUACUGCUUUCAAUUGGCAGCUACAAGAACAAGAGUGAGCUGCUGUCCACAGUACAAUCUUUGGAGCAGCUUGGUUAUAACCUAUAUGCAAGUUUGGGUACAGCAGAUUUUUACACUGAGCACGGAAUUGAGAUCAAGGCAGUAGACUGGCCAUUUGAAGAUUCUGACAACGAUGGUCCUUUGAAAGAGAGGCACAGAAGCAUUGUGGACUAUCUAGAAGAAAAUCAUUUUGACUUGGUUAUAAAUCUCUCCAUGAGGAACUCUGGAGGACGACGCCUUUCUUCCUUUGUUACCAAGGGUUACCGUACUAGGCGAUUGGCUGUAGACUACUCUGUUCCAUUAAUUAUUGAUAUCAAGUGCACCAAACUCUUUGUUGAGGCUUUACGGCUGAUAGGCAGUGCCCCUCCAGUGAAGACUCAUAUUGAUUCAAUGACUUCUCACAAAUUGAUUCGCUUACCAGGUCUGAUUGAUGUCCAUGUACAUCUUCGUGAGCCUGGUGGAACCCAUAAGGAAGAUUUUGCUUCAGGCACUGCAGCAGCUUUGGCAGGAGGAAUUACCAUGGUGUGUGCUAUGCCAAACACAAAUCCAGCAAUCACAGACCAUGCUACCUUUGCCCUUGUACAGAAGUUGGCCACUGCUGGUGCUCGUUGUGACUUUGCUUUGUUUCUGGGAGCAUCUUCAGAUAAUGCUGAUGUUUUACCUUUGAUGAGCAAUUCUGCUGCUGGCUUGAAGAUGUAUCUAAAUGAUACUUACUCAACACUCAAAAUGGAUAACGUAUCUUUAUGGAUAGAGCACUUUGAGAAGUGGCCAAAGCAUUUGCCCAUAGUGGUGCAUGCUGAGAGACAGACUGUAGCAGCCAUUUUAAUGGUUGCUCAGUUGUACCAGAGACCAGUUCACAUUUGCCAUGUAGCUAGAAAGGAGGAGAUCCAAAUUAUUAGAGCUGCAAAACAGAAAGGUGUACAAGUAACCUGUGAAGUGGCUCCUCACCACCUGUUCCUGAGUGAGGAAGACCUAGAAAGUAUAGGCCAUGGCAAAGGUCAGGUCAGGCCAAUGCUUACUACAAAAGAAGAUGUGAAAUCUCUAUGGGAAAAUUUGGACAUCAUCGACUGUUUUGCAACUGAUCAUGCCCCACAUUCUCUUGAAGAAAAGAACAGUAAUUCACCACCACCAGGUUACCCUGGUUUAGAGACCAUGCUGCCACUACUUCUUACAGCCGUCAGUGAAGGAAGACUCACCAUUGAUGACCUCAUUAAACGAUUGUAUGAAAAUCCCCGUAAGAUUUUCUCCUUGCCAGUUCAGGAAAACACCUACGUGGAGGUUGAUUUGGAGCAAGAAUGGACCAUUCCGAGCUACAUGGAAUUCACAAAGUCCAAGUGGACACCAUUUGAAGGAAAGAAAGUGAAAGGAAAAGUCAGGCGAGUUGUAUUGAGAGGUGAAGUGGCCUACAUUGAUGGACAGUGUGCCAAAGAUGCCAUUAAUCAAGAUGGUUAUAUACAUCCUCCUCCAGUCUCGAGGCUUCUAUCACCACAGAAUCUGGCAGUCCAAACUGUCCCUCAUCCGUGUUCCCCUUUGUUGCAUCAUUAUGUUGGACAGCAUAUUCUGUCAGUGAGACAGUUUACUAAAGACCAGUUGUCCCAUUUGUUCAAUCUUGCUCAUAACCUGCGUUUAACGGUGCAGAAAGAUCGUAGUUUGGACCUUCUAAAGGGAAAAGUUAUGGCUUCCAUGUUUUAUGAGGUCAGCACAAGAACUAGUAGUUCAUUUGCUGCUGCCAUGCAACGCCUUGGAGGUUCUGUGAUUCAUUUUUCAGAAGCUACUUCAUCUGUACAAAAAGGAGAGUCUCUCUUAGAUUCUGUACAGACAAUGAGCUGCUAUGUGGAUGUCUUGGUUCUGCGCCAUCCUCAGCCAGAUGCAGUUGAGCUUGCUGCUAAACAUUGCCGAAAGCCUAUUAUUAAUGCAGGAGAUGGUGUUGGUGAGCACCCAACUCAGGCAUUGCUUGACAUUUUUACAAUUCGUGAGGAGCUGGGGACAGUGAAUGGAAUGACGAUUACGAUGGUUGGAGACCUGAAACAUGGGAGAACAGUACAUUCGCUGGCUUACCUUCUUACAUUGUACCGUGUUAAUCUCCGAUAUGUUACUCCCAAAAACCUUCGGAUGCCACAAAACAUUGUACAUUUUCUGGCGUCUAGAGGAAUCAAGCAGGAGGAAUUUGACAGUUUGGAAGAGGCUUUGCCAGAUACUGAUGUGUUAUACAUGACUAGGAUUCAAAAAGAAAGAUUUGCCUCGGAGGAAGAGUACAAAGCGUGUUUUGGACAGUUUAUUCUCACACCUCACAUCAUGACAAAAGGCAAGAAGAAAAUGGUGGUUAUGCAUCCGUUGCCACGAGUUAAUGAAGUUAGUGUGGAGGUGGAUUCUGAUCCGCGGGCAGCUUACUUUCGCCAAGCUGAAAAUGGCAUGUACGUGAGAAUGGCUCUUCUCGCAACAGUUUUGGGCAAGUUUUAAAACCACAGAAGACCCAAUAUAAAAGCAAGAAAAUUAAUGGCAUUUAAUAAAUUUUAAAAUACUUCAUAAAAUUUGUGAAAGCUUUUAAUGACCGUGAUGGAAAUAUAUGGGCUACUUUGGUUAUCACUGUAAAAUUUCAAAGUUUACAGGAUUAAUUUAAUUCCAUUAUUUGCUGUCUUGUAUUGGAUCAGCAGUCAUUUUUUAGCUUUGUUUCUGAUUUUGAAAAACACUCCUUAUUCAUCAUCUGCCCACAUGUAAUAGGUGGUUUAAUGUGUGGUUAUAAGCUGGUUGCCACUUUUCCAAAAAUACCCAGGUUUGUGACGUAGAGAUACAAGUGCCUUAGUCUCUAAAACAAUGGAUUACUCGGGUCUCUGCGAUUUGCUUUAAUCCAACCGUUCAGCAAACAUUUUUCAUGUGUCUGUGAUGAUUUAUUAUUUUUGUUAUUUUAUAAAGCUAAUCUUUAAAACUGGUCACAAUUUACUGCUACACAAAAUUCUUCAGUAGUAAAGAUUUUAAAAGUUCUGUUUGUGAUUGCAAGUAACACCAAACUGGAAAUUUUUGUUAUCAAUUUUUCGUUACUUGAGUUGAGACAUGUAUUAGGUUUCUGUAUUCAAUGUAUUUCAAAAUAGAAAUAAUUUCUACAGGAUAUUCCAUGUUGUACAUUCCAGUUUUAGCAAAUACAUAUAACAGCAUAUUAAAGAUGCUUGUGUUUGCAGAAUAGUUUCAGAAAUUGGUCCUCUAUCUUGGAACUGUUUAAGUUUAGCUUCAGGCUGCAGACUUUGUUUUGACCACAUUAAACUGUAGAUGAGGUAAGCAUCUUUGGUGAAUUAAUGUGUCAGAAAAGUUAUAAUCUUCUCCAGUCUGUUCACUACUUGGGGAAUCUUUUGGCCUGAUCCGUUCAGGAGUAUAAAAUUGUUUAACUGUUAAAAUGAAAAUGAAGUUAUUGACUGUGCUCUGAAGCACCCUUUAGGAACUAAAACCCAUUGCUGCUUUGGACCAAAAAUAAAAUUUGUCAAAACUGGGCGAAUCAAAUUGCUGUGGAGUUGUAGAUGUACCACUUCUGCAAGAUUGCUGCGAAAAAAAACAAUGCAUUUGAAGCUAUUCCAUGUGAAUGAGACUGCUAUGAUAUAGUCAGCCUUAUAAAAUGUGAGACCACUGAAACAUUUCUGUAUCGAAGUACUGUGGAUUGCUGGACUUAGUUGACUAAGCUUCUGUUCGUAUUUCUACCCAUGUUAGCUUGGUUCUGAUCUCUCAAAACUACCACAUUUAUUCUGUUAUGAUUGAUCAUAUAGAACUCGGGCAACUUUUUUUUGUCAUCAAUGUGAACAUUAUGGUUUUCGUUGAAAGUAUUUUUCUGCACAUUCACAGCUUGCUCACUUUUUAAAAACUGAAGUUUUUUUUUAAUAAAAAAAGUUUAACAUGCUGAACUUUA